AUGGCCGACUACAACACCGUGUUUCAGAACGGUUGGUACAUCGGGAACAACCUGAACGCCAUCCUCUACGGCAUCUACCUCUCUUUGUACUACCUCACGAUCCGCUUCACCCUCAACGGACGUCGGCGCCCGCACAAGAAUGGGCGCUCGGACCGGCUUUUCAUUGUUCUCAGCACCUUCCUGCUCACAAUGAUCACCGCGUGGCUCAUCGUGCAAGCUAUAUUCGGGCAGGAGAUGUGGGUCGUGAACGAAAACUACCCGGGCGGUACCGCUCAGUAUUUUCAAGACCAUGCCGCGGUGUGGUACGAGACGUUCGGCUCCGCGGCGUCUGUCGCUAUCAACGCUGCGACGGACGCGUUCUUGGUAUAUCGUCUUUAUGUCGUAUGGGGGCUGAGCAAAUGGAUCAUCGUCAUUCCCAGCCUCUUCUACGUCGCCAGCGUCGUCCUCGGCAUCGUCACCUGCGUCGUCUCCGGGCUCCCGAACGCGAACUUCUUCGCCGGGCUCGCGUCCGAGAUCGCGCUCGCGUACUCGGGCGUGAGCAUGGGCCUGAACGUGUUCUGCACCGUGCUCAUCUGCGCGCGCAUCUUCUGGAUCUCCCGCCGGAUGAAGGCGACCCUCGGCCACGGCGUCUCGCGCACGUACACCGGCGCGGCGUCGAUCGUCGUCGAGAGCAUGCUCCCGUACACCGUCUUCGCCGUCGCGUACCUCGUCACGCUCGGGCUCGAGAGCCCGCUCGCGAUCUUCUUCCUCACGCCGUACGUGAUGUUCUCGGUUCUCUCCCCGCAGAUGAUCAUGCUUCGUGUCCUCAUGGGUCGCGGGCUCUCCGCUGAGACCACCAUGGGUACGGCGACGGGUACCGCAUUGCGUUAUGGUGGUGUUACCGGGGCGUCCGGGACGACAGCCCAGGACACGGAUGGUACAGACCACACAGCAAUCAACUUAUCGAACCUGUCGAAGAGCACGUUCACACAGACGAAAGCGUCGGAUAUAGUGUAG